AUGGAUCCUAGAUAUGGAGCAUGGGACAUGCAGAAUGAUCAGGAAAAGAGAUGGCUCCAACGGAACAAUGAGACCAAUGGUCAACUUAAGAGAGAUUGGUUCGCGGUUCUCGAAGACCGAUACUGGACCCGCGCGUGGAUCACACAAGAGAUCUUGCUCGCUCAAAAUGUCAAGUUCCUUGUCAACAACCUGGAAGUCACUUUCGAGCAGAUUUCCGGAUGUGCCGUCGGACAACUUGAGUACUUCAACGACCUUAAAGGCAAUGCAACGAUCCAUCCUAAGAACUUUGACGUCAAGACUCGUGUCUUCUGGUAUUACAUGUGUUCCAUAGGCGAACAAAGAAAGCCCAGCGAAUCGAAACUCAUCAGCUGGUUCACUCGCCUACCCGGUCGGCAAAGCUGCUACGUUUACGACAGAGUCUACUCGCUUCUUUCCCUUGCUUCAGACGCGUCAAGUAUCAAAGUAGACUAUCGCACUUCGAGAUCAGAACUUUUGUAUCAAGUCAUGAACCUCUACAGAACAAGGAUGUGCAUUUGUGCAUGGUUUUAUAUGGUCGAUAUGUUAGACUGCUACCAUGUUCCUGACGCAAAAGGCCGUGGCAACAGAUCGGAUACAACCCCAGUCUUCAGACUUCCCAUGAAGCCAGUUCGUACAGAAUCUGUUAUGGGUGACAAAAUAAAAGACUGGUACGAUGCUUGUUCAGCAUGUGCCACAAGGAUGCCUCCGCCUUUUGACGAGAAGGUCCAGACAACCUUUUGCGUCAAGUCUCUUUGCUACAAUAUUCAAGAUGGCCACGUGCAUGUUUACAAGAACAAGCAUGGAAAGUACGAGGUCAAGCGAUGGGGUGAUACCACUGGUUACGAUGUCGUGCACUUUCAACCCGGAGAUCCUGGAACCUCCAAGGACGACAUCAAUCUUGGGUGGGGUAGUUCACCUGAUCUAUAUGAUGUCUUCCUCACGGGCGAUGUCUUGAUGAAGCUGUUUUCGUACCCCGACGAGAGGGUGAGACAGGCGGUGCCGUUGCAGAUCUGUUCAUGGGCCCAGGAAGGUGUGACUAACAUGGAGCUUUGUUAG